UACAUAACUAACAUAUAAAUUAUUGAAUGAAUUUUAUUUAUAUUAUUAAUCAAUCAAUCAAUCAGUCAAUCAAUUGAUUGAAUAAAACAAUGUAUUCAUUGAUUUACUAAUUGUUUUGUUAUUUAUUUUGAAUACAAUUGUUAUUAUUAUUAAACAUAUAAUCAAUUGAUUGAACAGUUUUAUUAUAGUCUGCAGACACAAGUGGUCAACAAUUACCCGAAACCGCCGCCACAGCCGCGGCUGCCGAUCGAUCGAUCGACUGGAGACCAACAACAACAACGAUGUCUUAUUGUUGGCCAAAACAACAACUAAACGGACGACAUAUAGCCGCCGCUACCCGACGACAACAACCUUAAGAUAAUGGCCACCAAUAGCUUCGGAGGCGAUACCGACGACUGCAUUGCUGCCACAGCCGCCACACCAUCAAUGACUGCACCGUCGACUCCAUCGUCAACACCCGGCGGCGGUUGUGGCCGUCGGCUACGCGGCGAACAACGCGAACGAUUGAAACUAUUGUCGCAGUUGUCGCUGUUGGCCACCAAUACAUUGGAUAAUAAAGUCGAGUCUAUACUCAAACUGGACGACUGUCCGCAAGUUGACGAUUCGUCACUCAUACUGUUGUCGAUGCCGUCGGGUCCACAAAUAUCGGCAACUGGUCAGCGGCCAUCGUUUCAUUCGUUUUGUAUUACAUCGCAGACUGGCCAACGUAUCUACGGCGGCAGCUAUUGUUUCGCUCAUCGACACGUACUGACCACUCCUACUACUACUACUACUACUACCUCAGAGACUACUACCGCCGAUAGUAGUCAAACAGCCAAUAAUGACGACGACGACGAUUCCAUGACUACGACCGAUACUACUACUACUACUACUACGCCGGCAGUGGUCUACACUAGUCGAGCGCUGGUUGCCCUGACUGUACGGCCGCUGGUCGACCAAUUGGGCCGCUGUCUCGAAUGGUGUGUCCAACAGGCCGAUUGCGAUGUCCGAUGGCUUCGGUGUGUGGCACAGAUACGGCUGCCGGCUAAAGGCAAAUGCUAUCACAUAGUAUUCCCGACAAUUGACAAACCUAUUGGUCUCCAAUCGUUGGCCAACAACAACAACACCGACGCGGUCAUCAUCAAUGGUAGCGAUGCUGCUGCUGGUGGUAAUGGUGCUGCCGAUGAUGAUAAUGAUGAUGACGACGACGGCGACGAUUAUGGCCAACAACUUGGUCGUCGUCGGCGGCCGCGAAUGACAAUUAUGCGACCCGUAUCGACACUACCGUUAUUCGACUAUCCGUUACGCCGAUUGUUUACCGAACUAUUAACUGUCGAUCAGUUUCUUACAUGCUAUUCGUGUGCCUUAAUGGAAACCCAGAUACUGAUUGUCAGCAACGACUACUAUAAGCUGAUGCUGGUGGCCGAAUCCCUGUGCUCACUGUUGAAUCCAUUCAAAUGGCAACACGUUUACGUACCUAUACUUCCAAAUAAAUUAGGUCUUCACUAUUUGGACGCUCCGACACCCUAUAUAAUGGGUCUUCACAAGAGCUCCAAUUCGACUGCCGGCGCUCUGAACACCAUUGCCUGUCUAAUCGAUUGCGACGAUCAUACUGUCAAUGUCAACACGAAUACGACCACUACUACCAAUACCUCAUCGGCACCAGUAUUGGCCACUACACAGCCGCCGCAGCCACCGUUCAUCGACUCAUUGAAACACGAUUUGGAAGCCAUACUGAAUGCCGAUCUUAGAUUGAGUGCACUGGCGAGCGGUCGUAACGGUCAUACCCAGAGUGAAACAAUUCAACGCCUGACACAAUUGGCCAGAAAACACAAUGUCAUUGGCGACCGGUUUACCUAUUUGGACGACUUGAAGCUUAACCAACAAAUUCGUGUACUGUUUUUGAAGACAAUUCGCCGACAUAUUCUACAUAAGUAUCAACAGUUUAUCAUAACGACAAACAAUCGAAAGGACUCAAUACGUUUCGAUACGGUUGCCUAUCUAUCAGAUCGGCCACAAUCGGCCCAACCGUUUCUCCAGCAGUUUGUCUCAACACAAAUGUUUGUCUCGUUUAUCGACGAAAUGGGCAAACAAUUGAUACGCAAACAGAAGACAAUGGCCGUCGUUAGUCAACACCAUCAUCAGUCGUUGUCCUUAAAUCCCGAAACCAGUUCGCUAUUUGAUUCCCUAUAUGACGACGACUUUGAGGAACUGGAUUUUUCACUAUUUACCGACGAAAUACUUGAAUCGCGCUAUCGUAGCGCUCGUCGUAUUCAAUUGAAAGAUCUGGAACAGUCGUUACCGACAUCGACAGUUGGUGAGACCGCUUCAUCAUCAGCCGCGACGACCACAGGGGUGACCGUAUGGACACCAACAUCGACAAUGAUUAGCUGCGAUUUGUCCCGAUUGUCGACCACUAGUAUAGCAUCGCCGCGCACUCGACGACGCUUUCAGACAUUGGCCGCUACUAGAAAGCUGUCGACGUCGUCGUCCAUUGGCGGCGGGGGCGGCUCGGCUGCCGAUAAUAACGGCAACAAUAAUAACAAUAACAACAACAAUAGCAACAAUAAUAAUACCAAUCAAUUAUUGAACAACGAGUUCAAUGGUUUGUCCAUGAAUUCGCCGCUCAAAUCGGUACCGAAAGCGUUGGCCGCCCAAACUAAUUGGCGUGUAGUCGAAACAUUGCUCCGGGAGGUUAAGAUUAAGACAAAGCGAAUCCUAUUGGAAAAGAUGGGCUCCGAUGAGGUAUCGCCAAUGACUGGCGGCUCCGGUGGUAGCGGUAACGGUAGUGUUGGUAUGGAAGAGAAUACAUUGAUUGCCUCCCUGUGCGAUCUAAUCGAACGAAUCUGGUCACACGCCCGUACCGAAGACAUACGCGACAUUAAUCGGUGGCAGUCGGGUAGCUGUGCAUUCUGGUCGCAUCUGAUGGCCUACUAUCAAUUGGAGACUAACGAUACAAUAGGUGUGGCCAAUACUAAUAAUAAUAAUAAUAAUAAUAAAAACAAUAGAGGAGGAGGCGGUGGUAGUGGUGUGCCCAACGAUAUGUCUCAAUUAACUCCAGCCCUGUCCAGGCCAUCAGCAGCAGCCACGUUGAUGGACACAAACACAAACUCGACGCCCAGUUCACCAAUAAGACGUCCACCACAACAACAACAACAACAACAACAAAACAUACAUCAAAAUCGUGUCAGCAAUAGUCCAUUGAAAUCGUUGCCGACAACCCUACUGUACGAUAUCAGAUCUGUUAGAUCCAUGUCCGACAUCAAGACCGAUGUCGGCAAAAGUCGGGCAUUCAUACGGCUAUCGCUCGAACGUAAACUAUUGUCAAAACAUUUGCGUACAUUACUGGCCAAUAAUGAUCUAUUAAUAUCACUAUACAAGAGGUACGCAUUUCUUCGUUGCGAAGAAGAAAGGGAACAAUUUCUGACACAUUUGCUGACAUUAAAUGCCGUCGAUUUGAUGUGCUUUACAAAUACGUUCACAACUAGUAUAUUGCCUUAUACACUGAUAAUUUACGGCUCACAACAAUUUAACGGCUCGUUUUCGGUUACCGGUACCACUGCCGGCAAUACUACGGCCAUCAACCAUACAUCGACCGAUAGCUAUACGAUUAGUUCGGCUAAUUGUUAUUCAUUUAGACACAAAAAUCUUGGUAUUUUAAAUACGCUAACAAUUAAUUGUAGUCAAAAUAGUAAAAUAUUUAUUGAACACUGUUUUAUACGCAACGAUCUAACUAAUCAUAUCUAUAAGUUUUCCUGUAAUCGUUGGUUAGGCCGUAGCAUUGAUGACGGUUCCACUGAAUGCGUAAUCAUUGGCGAUCUAUUGUCCGGCAGUAUAAGCGAUAUACUGAAAAAAUACGGUCCGCCCAGCCGUAGUUCGUCGAUUGGCCGCAACUGGUCCCGAUCGGUGGCCAACAUUAACAAUAAUAUAAGCGAUUUCUAUGACGGCAGCGAUCGGUUGGCGUCGCCGCAAGAGUUGCAGACAUUGUUGGGCGAGUCAAUCAAUCAGCUAAUCAAAUACUAUUAUACUAUGUCAUCCAUCACUACUACCACCGCUACCACUACGGCCACCGCCGAUGAUAUGCCGCCAUCAAGACAUCAAUCGACAACAACAACAACUACCGGUACUCCUCCGCAAUCGUCGAGUAAUAGACAACAACAACAAAGAUAUCUAACAACUCAACGAACUGGUGGUAGUAGUAGUAGUAGUAGUAGUAGUAGUCGAUUAUGUGGCGGUACUGGCGGUACUGUCCGACAUAUUGCCCAAUUAGUUUUCGGCGAUCGGCGACUAUUGUGGAUAUUGACGCAAAUUUUCUACUAUGGCUUCAAAAACCGUAGCCGAUCGUCGUUUCGUAAACAGUCAUAUUUGUGGGAUUUCCUCCUAAGAGUCAAUUGUGAGCUUAAGAUUAGUCGCACAACAACUACUACUACUACUACUACUCGCCAGUCGGCGUCGACAGCGGCGGCGACUGCGGCAGCAAUGGACGCGGCCGGCGGCGAUGCACUCAUACAGCUGGUCGACUCGAUCACCGAUCGGGCCAUUCAUUACGGAAAGGACCAAAAAUUUCAGCUAUUUUUGGCGCUCUCUAUACGUGAUCACCAAUUGAGUCCAACAUUCCUCAAAGUACUGAGCCGGCCAUCGCUGUGUCAUCUAUUCUAUGAAAAUCAAUCGUUUCUAAGGGAUGUCACGUUAUUGACAUUUCUCUAUCAAGUAUUGAAUACAUUCAACGAUAUUCAGCUAUCGUUUGAGCCAUCGCUUACCAAAGGAUUAUAAACACAACAAACAAAACAAAACAAAACUAUAUAUAAAAAAAAAUUAUUUUCAAAAUUUAUUUAUUUAGU